AUGACGAAGGCCCCGUUCUCCGUGGAGUGGUUGUCCCAGAGCAGCCAGGCUCUCAAGAGUCCCACCGAGGGCUCUCCGCACCGAGAAUCCUCCGCGGGCCACCGGCCCGGCUCUGGCUCCGGUCCUGGCUCUGGCUCCAGCCCCGGCUCGAGCGAGCGGAGUCGGGAGCAGUCCGCCGGGCUGCGGGCCGGGAGAAGCGGCAGGAGCAGGGAGCAUGUGGCGGCCACUCCCGCUGCAGGAGCAGACGGGCGGCCGUCGGGAGCGGGUCAGCCCGUGCCCGAGGAGGGUCCCGAGUGCUCGGGCCCCGAGGAGCCCGGCGGGCGCGGCGGGCGGCGGCUGCGCACGGCGUUCAGCGCCGAGCAGAUCAGCACCCUGGAGAGCUCCUUCCAGCGGCAGCAGUACCUGGGCGCCGCCGAGCGCCGGCAGCUGGCGGGCAGGAUGCGCCUCUCCGAGGUGCAGAUCAAGACUUGGUUUCAGAACCGACGGAUGAAGCUCAAGAGGCAGCUGCAGGAGUUGAGGACGGAGCCCUUCUGCAGUCCCCCUCUCCCUUACGGACCUCAGGGCGGUGUGGUGCCCUUGCCUCUCGCAUACGUGGCCAGACCAUCACCUCUGCCCCGGCAAGGGGCCGCCUCUGAGGGUUUCACCUUGGCUGCUCUGCCGGCAACCGCCCUGGACCUCAGCAGCGCCUGCAGAGCACAGCCAGUUGGCUUUUGGGCGGCACCCUGCUUUGUAGGGUACAGGGAUCCCAGAGCAUUCUUGCUGGGUGUCUGACCGUCUGAUAUGGACUAUGACUAAAGAGGAUUUGCACUACUGAUAGAUAUUUGGGCUGCCCUUGUCUGUAACUGCCUGGCGGAGUUAUGAUGCAGCACUGAACAAAACAUUUUACAAAGACAUGCUGGACAACCUGGAUUAUGGACUUCAGGCCUCUGCAUUUAUAGGCAACUGUAAAAUAGGAACAGAGUGGGACAAACACUUAAUAUAAAUGAAAUCCUUUAAUAAAUCUAAUUCUUUUUUCUA